CCCUCCCCUCCCCCCUCACCCUGCCCCCGUCCACACGCGCGCUGGUCCCUCUUCCAGAGCCCGUCGAGCCGAGCCGCCGUCAUGUCCUCCACUGCCCGGCCCUCCGCCGCCCCCCUGUCCAAGGAGAACCAGCAGAAACUCCUGGCCAUCGCCAUCAACAAUGUCCGCGAGCAUUCCAUUCGCAUGAAGCGCUCUCUGGAUGAGAACCAGUGGCGCGAGGCCCUGGAGCACAGCAUCAAGAUGCUUCAGGAGCUCCACACCGACAAGCUCACCCCCGACCAGUACUACGAACUCUCCCUCCUCACCAACGAGCAGCUGGCCUACCUCGAGAUUUACCUGCUGAACCAGGACAACCGCACCCCGCUGGAGAACCUCUACGAGAUUGUCCAAUACUGUGGUAACAUUGUCCCUCGUCUGUAUCUGCUGGUGACCGUCGGCACUGCCUUCCUCAAGACCAACAAGACCGUGGCCAAGGAGAUCCUCACCGACAUGGUGGAGAUGUGCCGUGGUGUGCAGCACCCCACUCGUGGGCUCUUCCUGCGCAACUACCUCCUCCAGCGCACCAAGAACGAGCUGCCCGACAUCGACUCCAACACCUCGGCCACCGUGGAGGACUCCAUCCAGUUUAUCCUGAUCAACCUCGUUGAGAUGAACAAGCUGUGGGUCCGCAUGCAGUUCCAGGGCCACACGCGUGACCGUGAGCGCAUCGAGGCCGAGCGCAGCAAGCUCCGCGUGCUGGUGGGCUUCAACCUGGAGUGCCUCUCGCGCCUGGAGGGCCUCAACUUGCCCCUCUACAAGGAGAAGGUCCUGCCGCAGGUGCUGAAGCAGGUGGUCGACUGCCGCGACCCCAUCGCCCAGGAGUACCUGAUGGAGGUGGUGACCCGGGUCUUCCCGGAUGAGCUGCACCUCCAGACCCUGGAGGAGUUCAUGAAGACCUGCCCGAUGCUGACCCUGCAGGUGGACCUGCGCCACCUGAUCACGGCCAUGAUCGAUCGCCUGGCGGCCUUCACCUCUUCGGCCGACAAGGCCCAGCUGGCCGGGCUGGAUGUGCCGAUCUUCGACAUCUUCCUGACCAACAUCCGCCUGCUGAUCGAGUCCCGCCAGGAGCUCCCCCCGAGCGACAUCUUCUCCAUCCUCGGCUCGCUGGCCAAGCUGGCCCUGGCCCUGGCCCCUGGCGACCUGACCCAGGUGGACCACAUCUUCCAGCUGGCCCUGGCCAAGCUGAAGGUCGAUGAGCUCACCUCGCUGAAGGCCGACCGCCAGGCCACCUCCGAGCUGCACACCCUGCUGUCCACGUGCUUCGAGCUGGCCUCCUCGCCGCUGGAUCUGGUGUCGGUCGAGAAUCUGCACACCCUGUUUGCCUUCCUGCCGAUGGCCAACCGCCGGAAGCUUGCCACUCGCUUUGCCGAGACCUUCCUCCCGGCCGGGCACCGCCUGCGCAGCCACGAUGCCGCUCCGAUUGAGGCCAUCACCACCAAGCAGACCGCCGGCCAUGUGUUCACCUUCCUGGAGCCGCUGAUCAAGCUGAAGCCGGCUGCCGCCGCCGCCGCCCGCGUCGCCGAGGGCCACCCCCCUGCCGACGAGGAGGACGACGACGACUUCGAUGCCGAGGAUGUGGAGUAUGCGUCCAACCUGCUGGCCCGCCUGGUCCUGCUGCUGAAGUCCGACAACUUCCGCGUGCACUACGCUCUGCUGAACCAGACCCGCAAGUUCCUUGCCGACGCCUGCUUCGAGCAGAUCAACCGCAUCCUGCCGUCCUUUGUCUUUGCCUCGCUGUCGGUCAUCCAUGGCAUCUUCGCCAACCGGUCGAACGAUGACGAGUGGGAGAACCAGUGCAUUGUUUUCCUCAAGUUCGCCGUCUCCUGCACCAAGGCCAUUAGCACCGCCGUGCGUGAUAUGGGCUCCGUCGACCGGUCCUCCAUUACCCCGGCCCAGGUGAUGCGCUACCACAGCCAGACCAUCAACCUCUACCUGCAGAUUGCCCUGAUGGCGGACCGCUGCUCGCUGGAGGAUUAUGUCUACGAGGUGUUCACCCAGGUGGGCUCCAUUUAUGAGAAGGCCAUCUCCGACUCGCAGAUCCAGGUGUCCACCCUGGUCAGCAUGGUGUCCACCCUGCAGGCCACCCGGUCCCUGAGCAGCAGCAACUACACCAAGCUCAUCCGCUUCUUCAAGAACCAGGCCUCCGGCAUGCUUCAGUCCUCCAACCGCACCCUCUGCCUGAUGCUCUCAUCGCACCUGGCCUGGCAGCAGGAGGACACCCCGGCCGUGCCGAAGCUGGACUUCAAGUCCAACCGCGUGCACGACUCGGCCGGCUGCCGCAAGAUCCUCAACGAGACGGUCCAGUCGCACGUGGAGUCCAGCAACCUCAGCGUCAACAUCACCCCGCUGGUUCGCAUUCUGGAUCGCUAUGUGUACUACGCGCAGACCGAGUUCCCGGAUACGGAUGAGUCCAAGAUCUCCACUCUCAUCAAGAUGAUCCGUGACCAGUUCAACUCGCCGACCUCUCUGGUGGAGGAUGACCAGGAUGACCACGCGGACACCUACGAGGAGUCCAUCUACUGCCUGCAGAAGGCCGCCACCAGUAAGCAGCACUUCAACCGCAUCAUCAAGUACCUGCACACCGUCAGCCACACCUCUGAAUCGGAUCUGGCCACCUUCAAGCAGCCCGCCUCCAUGAAGUCCAUCUCCGUCGAGGAGUACCUUGAGUGAGAGGAUGAGAGACAGGAAGGGGAGGGGGAUAGCGCACCUGGCCACCACUCCGGCCGAGCAAAUACUUGGCGUGGGAUUUUUCUUCCAUCCUGCGUCGAGCGAUAGCUGCCCAGCCCCCUUUCCCGUGCACCUGUACUCUUCUUUUUUUUUCAUCACCACCACCACACCCCCCCCCCC